UUUGAGCUCUUUAAUUUGAAAUCUUGAACAUAAAAUCCCCAAAACCUUUUCUCUCAUACACAAACAAACACAAAGCUCUCCUUUUUCCAUUUUCUCUUCUUCAUUAGCUUGAUCCGUACGGCCUUCUGCUUUCUAGGGUUUCAAUUUUGGAAACUUCCGGGUGCUGUGGAGUUUCUUCGUCAGAAAUCCCCCCUCUUCGAAUCCUUUUCAGAAAUUGGAGGGUUUUUUCUUUUCGUGCUCUUUAAAGCACAGUACUGGAACCUAUGGAUCUUUCUCAAGAAGUCGACGACUACAUCAGAGGGUCGAUUGAUUACACCGUUGGCCUUCCUGUGUCAACUUGCACGCUUGAGAUGAAGCUUCGGGCAGUUGAAGAAGCGCAAAGCCAGCUUCGUGAUCGCUAUUUGCUACUGCAGUCCCGAUUGAAGGAAAAAGACCAAACCAUCGAACGCGUUAGGGCUGAAUCGAAUAUGAAUGCUAUAGCUUUGAAGAAGUUUGUCGAGGAAAAUCAGAAACUGGCAUCUGAGUGCAAUCGUCUUUUGAGCCAGUGUAACAAAUGGGAGCGAGAGUGCUCAUUAUAUGAUCGUGACAGGGAAGUGUUGAUGGACUUUGGGAAUGAAGCUGAUCAACGUGCCAAGGAGGCUGAGGUUCGCUCUCAAGAGUUGGAGGAUAAAAUGAAAGGAUUAUCUGAGGAACUGCAGUUCUACAAGUGUCAAUAUGAUAAGCCUGUGGUUGAUUCAUCUCUAGACGCAACUACUCAAGACACUUUACUUGAGUCUGUAUUAGGAACAUUGAUUAAUGAGGAGAAUGCUGUUUCUGGACGGGCAUUUCUGGAAGCUAACAGCAGUGAUGAGUCAUGUCAAAAGUUGCUAGAGAUGUGGAAUUCUUUAAAGCCAAGUGCUCAAAAAGUCCUGUCAAUAGCUGCUAAGUUGAAGGUACUGGAGAAUGAUAAGGAGCAUCUGAGAAUCAACCUUUGUAAAGCAGAGGAUGAGGUCAAGGUUCUCUUUGAAGAGAACAGUUUGCUAGAAGAGGAUAACCAGAAAUUAAUAUCACUGUACCGUCAAGAAAGAAACCACAAUGGUUCUAGUGGAAAGCAUGGCAGCGCAUCAGCUAAGUCAAACAAGCGGAAGUCUAGUAGCCCCAUUGAGAAGAAGAUAGAUUUUACUGAUGUAGAUACUGCAAGACUACCCCUAUCGCCCUUGCGAUGUAAUUCACCUGAAUCUAGAAUGCUGAAGAAGUAGGAAUUUCUGUGAAUGAUUUUUGUAUUCAGAACAGUUAUGAUGUGACUCUAUUAGAACAACAAUUAUAGUUGGUAGGUCUUCAAAGAAAUGAAAGGAUUUCGAAGAGAACUUUUUUCUUA